AUGGUCGUAACAACGGAAUUGACUACUCGCAUAAGAAAGGCCCAGCUAGAAGACAACUUCAUCAAGGCAGUAUUGGAAAUUUUAAAACAACGUCCAUAUCAAGAUUUCAGCCUGAAAGGAGGUCUUCUUUAUAAAGUCGUAAGGGGCAAUGAUUUGUUGGCUGUUCCAAAACUGAUGGAACGAGACUUCAUCCAAGGGUCGCAUGAAUCAACCGGCUAUGAAGAAGUUAUUAAAAAGAUCACAGACUGGUCUGUUGUGUUCGGUUUCCCAAGGCGUAUAAUCAGCGACAGAGGAGUGGCGUUUACAUCCAAUGCCUUUGCCGAGUGUCUUAACGAAAACAAAGUGGAGCACGUGUGGACAUCAACAGGGGUAGCCAGAGGUAACGGCCAAGUCGAAAGAGUAAACCGUUCGAUCUUGAGUAUCAUCGCAAAGCUGUCGGCUCAUGAUUCCGCAAAAUGGUACAGAAAGCCACAGGUCCAGAAAGCGAUUAAUUCCCAUGUGCAUGCAUCGUUGAAGUCAUCACCGAUUGAAGUAAUGUUUGGGACCAAAAUGCACAACAACGCGGAUGGAAGAUUAUUAAAGGUCCUAAAUGAAGAGCUCAUUUCGCAGUUAAACAUCGAGCGCGAAGAGUUGCGUCGUCGAGCUAAAGAAAACAUUGAAAACGCUCAACAAGCUUAUAAAAAGAAUUUUGAUAAAAGACGUCGGCCUGAGCACGGCUAUAGAGUGGGAGAUAUGGUAGCGGUCAAGAGGACACAGUUCGUCGCAGGACGUAAGCUGGCAAGCGAGUAUCUAGGCCCAUAUGAAGUCACUGAGGUAAAACGAAAUGGCCGCUAUGACGUGAGAAAAGCGGCAAGCGUCAAAGGACCAAAUAUCACAUCAACAAGUUAUGAUAAUAUGAAGUUAUGGCGUUUUGUUUCCGAAAAUGACGAGCUGUUAUCAUCUGAGACAGAUGAGGAUGAACAGGACGGCCGAAUGUAA